GAUGGACCUUUAAUUUCCAAUCACACAUCCAAUCACACAUAUCUACUACUCUUCUUCCAUUUACGACAAAGCCAAAGUCGGCAAUCUCACAAAAAUUGCUUUAAUCGAUCGUUGACCCUUUUUUGCAUUCCCUGGUUUCACCAAUACCCAUUUCAGAUUUUCCUCUGAUCGCAUUCAAAAUCAAUUGGGCUUUGGGGUUCUUGAAUCUCGCUUCUAAACAAUUAUGGAUAUAACUACAAUGAACCGUGGACAAAUUACUCUUCUAGGAUCUGCAAUUUGUGUGAUGCUUACAAUGCAUUUCACAAUACAGCUUCUGUCGCAGCAUCUCUUUUAUUGGAAGAACCCAAAGGAGCAAAAGGCCAUAAUCAUCAUCAUCCUUAUGGCUCCAAUAUAUGCCAUUGUCUCAUUUGUGGGUUUGGUGGAUUUCCGAGGAAGCAAACCAUUCUUCUUGUAUUUGGACUCAAUAAAGGAAUGCUAUGAAGCUUUUGUGAUUGCUAAGUUCUUGUUACUGAUGUACAGUUACUUGAAAAUAUCCAUUAGCAAAAACAUAGUGCCCGAUGAAAUCAAAGGGCGUGAAAUUCACCAUUCAUUCCCAAUGACACUUUUCCAGCCUCAUACUGUCCAUCUGAACCACCACACCCUGAAGCUUCUCAAGUACUGGACAUGGCAGUUUGUUGUCAUUCGCCCAGUAUGCUCUGCAUUGAUGAUAACAUUACAGGUUCUUGAUAUAUAUCCCAGUUGGGUCAGCUGGACAUUCACCAUCAUUCUCAACGUUUCAGUUUCAUUGGCUUUGUAUUCACUGGUGGUAUUUUACCAUGUCUUUGCAAAAGAGUUGGCACCACACAAGCCACUUCCAAAGUUCCUGUGCAUCAAAGGAAUUGUUUUCUUUUGCUUUUGGCAGGGGAUAGUGCUUGACAUUCUUGUUGCGUUGGGUGUCAUCAAAUCCCAUCAUUUUUGGUUGGAUGCAGAGCACAUCGAAGAAGCUAUUCAGAACGUCUUGGUGUGUUUGGAGAUGGUUGUGUUCUCGGUUCUCCAGCAGUAUGCAUAUCAUGUUGCUCCGUACAGUGGAGACGUAGAAACAAAAAUGAAAGGCAAAAAGCAAGAAUAAUGCAACUCCUGAAACAUCUCAAAUGGGGGAGAUAUAUCAUUACUGGGCUUUAUAUAUGCAUUUUUACAAUGCCUUUUGUGCCCAUGGCAAAGAGAAGCAUAUUAGCAAGACAUCAAUCAAUAAUAUGUCUCAGGUGUGUUGAUGCUUUAUUUUCCUUUUCUUUUUUAUUUUUUAAAUUUUAAUUUAAAAUAUGGUUUUCCUGUAUAUCUAAAAGACGAUAGCAUGGAGAAGAAACUGCUGCUGUUGCUAUUUGUAGCUGUAAUGUAAGUCUGCAGUAUUUCUAUUUUAUGCCAAAGUUUGGUGGUAUUCUCCCCCCUAAAGUGUUGUACCUCAAAUUUCGUUCUGGUAAUGCAAUAGAAUCUGUUUUUUGUGUUCCUGUUUUUAAAUUAA